AAUAAUCUAAACUCGACUAUCUCGCAAUUCCUUGCUUCGUAUAUUUAUGUGCAUAUUUGGGAGGCUAAUCUGCGUGGUAAGCAAAUUCAAGAUAUAAGUUCUGAAAUCUGUUUCAAGUUUACGACCUGUACAAAACAAGAUUGUCGAAAGCACCACGUCGUUCCAACACCUUUAAUUCUGUUCAAACGUUUUGAACUUGCUUGUCUUCAGUACACGGUAAUGCAACAAUUGGAUGUAAUAUAUAAUCGCUGUCUUCUUAAAAAACAACAAAGUGAAACGAUUCGUGGAGCACAAAGGUGGUGGGCUGAAAUACUUGUGAAAUUUCAUAUUCGUUAUCAAUCGCCUCAAACAAGCUGUCCAGAAGUCACUUACGCAGUGCUUGCCAAGCUUCCCAAACACACACGUUCUAGAUUAAUUAGUCUCGGUCAGAAGAUUUGGCUUUAUGAGGACUAUUGGGGGAUUGAUGAAUUCAAUAGGGAAAUGUCUCAAAAAAUAGCACUAAGACACCGUAGGGAUUUACCCAUCGGUUAUGAUUACUACGAUGGAUAUCAUGAAGCUAUUCCUGUUGGAAAAAGACUUACAACAUUCUUCUCAAAUCUCUAUGAUAAUCGCGUGUUAGAUGCGAUUAAGCACAUAGAGAUUUUUAUUCAAUAUGCUAUCGACAAUGCUAAACUAGUCAAUAUGAAUACAUUUGAUGC